AAUGAAAUGUUGUUUUACGAUCUUUACCAUAAAUUAUCACGUGCUUAAUUACGUGUGGUUUAUGCAGAUUGUUUUUCUAUUCAAAUAGAACUAUAAGGUGCUUGUGUGAAGGAACACGUUUGUUUUAUAAAAAUAAUGUGAAGGGAAAUAUGGAAAAUUAUGACGAAAAGUGAAAUGGUUCAACCGUAAACUAACGUGUGUUAAUACAACCACAAUGAUAAAGAAAAUUCUGAUAGUCACCUUUACAACCACAUUGUGUUCAUUAAUAAUAGUACGACUAAUACAAAUCGCAUUUGAUACAAACCUGAAAUACAUUUUAGUAUUCAAUGAUCCUCAUAGAUCCCCAAUCAAACAAAUGAUUGGAGACCGAAGUUUAUUUUUAAAAAAGAAAUGUCCUGUAAGUAAUUGUUAUAUUACCAAAAUCAACUCAGUUGUAAGGAGGAUUUCAGAUUUUGAUGCCAUCAUGUUUCAUGGCCCUGAAUUGGACAAAAAACCUUUAAUUUUACCAAAAGACCGAUCAAAUCAACAAAAAUACAUAUUUCUAAGUGGUGAAUCCGCUGUUAACUAUCCGGUAAGAUGUAGGAACUUGAGAGGAGUCUUCAACUGGACCAUGACGUACAAAUUGAAUUCCGACAUCUAUUUAGGAUACAUCAUAAUUAGAAACAUAACAGGCUCCAUUAUUGGACCUAAACCAAUAAUGCAUUGGUUGAAAUUGGAGGAUAUGAAGCCAAUAGAUAGUGCAUUCAAGAAGAAUCUUGAAGGCAAGAUAUAUGCUGCCGCUUGGUUUGUUUCAAAUAAACAUGCAGCCAAUAAAAGACGGGAAAUAGCCUUACAAAUUCAAGACGAAUUAUCCGACUAUAAUAUGACUCUAGAUAUAUUUGGCCCCGGUGAAGUAAAUUGUCCCAGAAACAUAAACUUGGUAUGUUUGAGUCUUUUGGAGAGAUAUUACUACUUCUACUUAUCCUUUGAGAACUCUUUAAUUGACGAUUAUGUUACUGAGAAGCUUUUGACUCCUUUGCAACAUUAUACCGUGCCUGUUGUCUAUGGCGGAGCUAAUUAUACAAGGUGAGAUAAUAUAAUUUUAUAAGAAAAUAAGUUGUGACGGUAGUAAAGCUGAUAUUUGAGGCAAAGAGUUUUCCUACCUACGAAGUGUGGUAUGCUAAGGUCAAACCUCCAUAUGGAUUCAAAACAAAAAUAUCAGCAUAAUAAUACAACCUUGCUUAGCAGCUGGUAUAUACUAUAAUUUUACUGUAACAUUUAUUUCAGGUUUAUGCCAGAAGGUUCCUAUUUAGACGUGCGCACCCUUGGUAUAAAAAUGCUUGUAGAAAAAAUGGUAGCUGCAAUCAGAAACAAGACUAUUUAUUACGAUUUUUUCAGAUGGACAAACCAUUAUUCCUAUCAUAGUGUAUAUGAGUCACCGAUGACCGACCCCCAAUGUGAACUUUGUAGAAAACUGAACGACAAAAAUUCGAUGAAAGAAGUAACUAUUAUUGAAAAUUUUAGUGCCUGGUGGCGGUCUAAAGCUUGCUUUGAUUCUGAUAACUAUAAAAAUGGUUCCCUUGAACCGUUGAAUUUUGUUAAAGUAACGUGUUGGAAAUACUAGUAAAAUGUCUUAUUUCAGUUUAUCCAAAUUCAAUCAAUUUGACUUCCUCAUAAUUUCUUGCUUGAAAUAAAUUCCAGCAGAUUGCGAGCAGUAUUCUUUACUCAAUGCCGUCCUACAGAUAGUAAUAGUAAAUUUUACUUCUAUGUAUUACCAUAUCAUACCAUGUAUUAGUCCUGAAUGCGUAAAAGUCAAAGGUGACAUAUAAGCCCUCACCGCUGCUAACCCACAGCGGGAGGGGUCAUUUGAUGAUUUUUGACGUCGGAAAAAAAAAAAAAAAAAAAAAAAAAAAAAAAAAGUGACAUAUAAGUAACCACUAAAUAGGUACCUACACAAACUUCUAAAAAAAAAUAUCGACGAUAGGAUUACAAGGAUUAGUAACGGUGAAGGGUGAUGGAAAAACACAAUUUUGGCAAGUACCUGUAAGGGCCGGAGCAAUCGAUACACAUCGUUGGAUCAAUAAAUGUUUGCACGGCGUUCCGUCACGUGAUGCGUUCUACCUUUUCAAUUAGAGCUUGCUUUUUGGCUUCGGUACACUAGGAAACUUGAUUCCUCGUAAUGAAACAAAGGU